UUAUCCUGGCGUUUAACUGUAUUCUACCGGAAUGGACUGGACCUUCAAGUUCAGAUGCACCUAAUGGGCAAACUGAAGUCGAACUGGUUGAUUAUAAGUUUAAAGACUUACAAAUAAAUGAGAUAACUGAUGAUCAGGUUAUAGCAGACUCGUUCGAAUGUUAUUUAAAAAUGCUCACCGAGGUCCUAGUCAUCCUAUUCCAAUGGUUUGUUAUAUUCCGCAUAUCUGUGAAACCAUACAAGAUGUUCAAAUCACGAAUGAUUACCUCAAUGAGCGUACAGGAAAAAGUCAUGAUUGUAGAAGAGGCGUUCCGGGAUGGUAUAAUAGCAAUAGAAAUCAUACACCUAAAAGAUCACAUAGUUGUAUGUAUUUCAACGUGGCAAUUUAUCGAGUAUAUGACUGAUAACGACGACGAGUCUACUAUCGUGUUUAACAUUGUAGAAGAACUUUAUCCAACGCAAAAACCUGCUUCACGUUGGAUAGAUUCACGAAUAUUCAAGGAACUUUUUAUGAACCAUCGUAGAAAAUUCAACUUAUCCUUAUCCGUCAAAGAAUUCGCUGAACUUAGGAAAGAAAAAACGAGAGAAAGGAUAAAGCAGGGAAUAGCGAACAUACAUAAUUCAAUAGAAUAUCAAAAAAAAUAA